CUUGUGGAACGGGUCAUACUUCCGGCACUAGCUCCCGGUCAUGCAGGACCUCGUUAUUUUGGUUUCGUGACGGGAGGGACUCUUCCGGCCGCUCUUCAGGGUGACUUUUUGACAUCAAUGUACGAUCAAAACGUCCAGGUUAACCUCCCAGGGGAAAGCAUAAGCACUGUUGUGGAGGCGAGGUGUCUUGAGAUGCUUUUGGACUUGUUAGAGCUGCCCAAGGAGGCGUUUCCGGGUCGAACCAUUACAACGGGAGCUACUGCGAGCAACAUUAUCGGUCUGGCUUGCGGAAGAGAGUAUGCCAUGAAGCACGCGAUGGGUGACCCUUCCUAUUCCGCUGCCGAGGACGGACUGGGCAGCGCCAUCAUCACGAUACUUGCGGAUCGCCCUCAUGCUUCGCUGCUGAAAGCUGCAUCCUUGGUAGGGAUAGGUCGCUCAAAUGUCCUGGAUGUCUCCGAUCCUCAGACCCAAGCGAUAAAUCUGGGCAUCAUCGAGGAGCAUCUCAAACGAUCUCCCGAAGGAUCUAAACGGGGCAUUAUCAUCGCGCUUUCAUAUGGUGAAGUCAACACCGGCGAAUUCACGAAUGGGGUAUCAAAAGUAAAGGCGCUUUGCGAUAUUUAUCAUGCCUGGAUCCACAUCGACGCUGCAUUUGGCGCCUUUGCGCGGGUUGUGCCUGAAUUGAGACAUCUUGCCUCUCACCUCGAACUGGCGGAUAGCAUCACCUCGGAUGCUCACAAAUGGCUCAACGUGCCUUAUGACGCUGGCGUGUUCUUCUGUCGCUCUCUCGAGUUGCAAAUGGCAGUAUUUGGCUCAUCCCCAAGAGCUGCGCCACCAGCAUACCUCACUCCCCUGUCUGUCUCGAACCCCGACAAUCCGGGUUGGGUGGAACCAACUCCUGACUUAAUGGCUGCACUCCAUAUUCCUUCCCCCUUGAAUAUUGGAAUAGAAAAUUCUCGCCGAUUUCGCGCGCUUCCUAUAUUUUGUGCCCUGAUGGCGGUAGGCAAGGAGGGAUAUGAGGGGCUUGUUCGAAGGAAUGUUGGAUUCGCCCGUAAGUUGGCUGCCUGGAUGUCUACCGGCGAAGGUGGCCAAUGGUAUGAGGUGCUGAACCUCACGCAUACGCCCGCUCUUUCCGAGGCUCUGUCCGGCGAGACGCCAACUGUACCUCUGAACGUCGUCCUCUUCAGAGCCAAAGGUGGACAAAGCUGCCCUGCUAUAUAUGACCCUUCAAAACCGGAAGGGCCGGCUAGGCUGGUUCAAGCAAUCAAUGCGACUCGCAAGGUUUACGUAUCACCCGCUCUCAAUGCUGUAAGAAUGGCGGUUUCCAACUGGAUGACCGGACUCUCGUGCUCCAAUGUGGACGGAAGAGAUGUGGACAUAGAUUUCGAGGUCGUAGUUGAGGCUUUAAGUAACGUAAUGAAGUGAUCAUGUCAAAGGAUCGUACAAUCGGCUGAAUAGUGCAUUCACCAAAUAAUACAUGACCAAAGGUAACUGAAGGUCACAACACCUUCACCCUUAGUAGGACCGAAUACUUACAUUCGGAAAUGAAUGGUCGAACUAUUUGUUGAAAUAGACUAGUCAGUUAGUGACGUAGCGCUUGCGGCUACACUCGCGCUAUAACGAAGGGACCUGAGAACGACUGACGCAUGGUCGCAUCGGGGAGGCGGUGUCGGAAUAGUGGGGCUAGCAUGACUUGUAUUCCAACACUAUUAACGAAAAACAAAAG